UUCAUUAGUCACGAGGAGCCAUCAUUCAUGCCAGCUAUGUAGGAAACAUAACCUAGAGCAGCUAACAAGUGCAGAGAACAGGAAAUAAUCUGAGUCAGCCAACCACUGUCUCUGAGCAGAUUAUCCUGAAGGUAUGUCAAGAACCAGAUGCUUCAGUGUCACUUCUGUGAUCUCAGCAAUGGGAACCUUGUGCACCCCACUAUUCCAGCUGCUCUCCAGGGUUUCACUUCAAAUGUUUGCUAGCCUUGUAGUAAAAGAAGCUCAAGGACAGUGCCCAGGACUUGAGUUCAAGCCCCAGGACUGGCAAUGGUGUAUAAAUUACAACGAUGAGCGUCCUAAUAUGUGGUACAUCUGGUUUCUACUGCUGAUUUUCUUGGUGGCUCUUCUCUGUGGGGUGGUCCUCUUUUGUUUCCAGUGCUGGCUGAAGGGACCUACCAUUCACUUCCGGAGACGCACCAGGGCAGUUUUCGCUAUUGGAGAUUUGGACCCCAUUUAUGGGACAGAAGCAGCUGUGAGGCCAACUGUUGGAGCUCACCUUCACACUCAGAACCAUGACCUGUACCCUGUUCCCUGUUUUGGUACAUUGGAUUCUCCACCUCCCUAUGAAGAAAUUACAAAAACAAGCCAGCUAUAGAUGGGGAUCAUCAACUGAGAGUAUUAAGAAUAUUUAUAGUUCAAAAAUAUCUGAGUUAGGCUGGAAUAUAGCUCAGAGGCAAAACCCUUAACUAACAAGUGAAAUGUCCAGGGUUUGAUUCCCCAUACCAAAA